AUGAAGUGCUCUCGCUCGGCCGGACUGCUGGUCCUUGCGGCCAGCUUCAAUAUUUCCCUCGCGUUCUAUUUACCUGGCGCUGCCCCACACAACUUUAAGCAAGGCGACCCGGUCCCGCUAUUCGUCAAUGCACUGACGCCGAUGCUCACUGGAAGUAGCACUGCGAAAUUGAAAUCUCUUAUAAAUUACGACUACUACAAUCCGCGAUUCCAUUUCUGCGAACCAACCCCCGGUGGUCCCGUGAAGCAACCCGAGAGUUUAGGCUCUAUUUUGUUCGGGGACCGAAUAUUCAAUUCGCCAUACGACAUUAAAAUGCUGGAGCACAACUCUUCCUGUCAGACGCUUUGUCUGCAGUCCAACGUUUCUGCAGAGGACGCCAAAUUCAUUAACGAUAGAAUUCGCGAUGACUACGCUCUCAACUGGCUUAUUGAUGGCCUUCCCGCGGCGGAGUUGAAGAUUGACUCAAGGGGCGAUUACUUCUAUGACCUGGGAUUCAACCUUGGAAAUGACGAGGGACCGUUCAAAGACACCACACCUGCGCUCAACAAUCAUUACGACAUUGUCCUCCAAUACCACUCUCCAACUCCAGGAAAUUACCGUGUGGUCGGUGUUCUCGUUUGGCCGUCGAGCAUUGGUGGAUCUCAGCAAGACACUCCCACAUGUGACACGGACAAUUCACAUCCUCUUGUUUUGAGCGAGCAACAAACAAAUUCCAUUCGCUACACUUAUCGAGUAACAUGGAAUGAAUCUGAUACUCCCUGGGCAACUCGUUGGGACUCGUAUCUCAAAGUUCUCGACCCUCGAAUCCACUGGUUCAGUUUGAUCAACUCCUCCUUCAUUGUCAUUUUCCUUUGUGUUAUGGUGUCUAUGAUCCUCAUUCGAAGUGUUUCUCGCGAUAUCUCGCGGUACAAUGCUAUUGAUCUGAGCGAGGACGUACAAGAAGACUGGGGCUGGAAACUUGUGCACGCAGAAGUUUUCAGGACACCAUCAUACCCAAUGAUACUUUCGGUUAUGAGUGGGAACGGAGCUCAGCUUUGUGCGAUGCUUGCAGUGACAAUGGUAUUCGCCCUCCUUGGCUUUUUGUCUCCUUCAAAUCGCGGCUCACUUGCCACUGUGAUGAUGGUGUUUUGGUCUCUAUUUGGCUGCAUCGGAGGCUACAUCUCAAGUCGCGUCUAUGCUUCGCUUGGGGGUACGGAAAGGAGGAAAAAUGUUUUCAUGACUGCGACCAUCUUGCCAACUGUGAUCUUUACUAUCGUGUUCCUCCUAAACCUUUUCCUUCUCGGUGCUGGAUCAUCUGGUGCUGUGCCCUUUGGAACAAUGCUACUGAUUGUGCUUAUGUGGUUCGGAUUGAAUGGACCACUUUGUGCCAUCGGCGCAUAUAUUGGCAGCAAACAAGGUUCAGUUGCGCAUCCAGUCAGAGUGCAUCAAAUUCCCCGUCAAAUACCUCCUGGACCACGAUACCUCCAGCCAUGGGCUGCAGCACUACUCAGCGGCAUCUUACCUUUCGGUGCUGCGUUCGUCGAACUCUACUUUGUUUUGUCUAGUCUGUUUGCCUCGCGCGCGUAUUAUGCCUUCGGUUUCUUGGCCCUCACUGCGUGCAUCGUUGGCUUGACCACAGCAACCGUCACGAUUCUGUUCACCUACUUCAUCUUGUGCGCUGAAGAAUACCGAUGGCACUGGCGAGCUUUCUUGACUGGCGGUGGAAGCGCCUUCUGGCUGCUGGCUUACGGCCUCUUCUUCUGGGCUUCCCGCUUGUCGUUGCACUCGUUAUCUUCGGCAAUUCUAUAUCUAGGAUAUUUGCUGCUGCUUGUGCUGUUGCACUUCCUCAUCACGGGCACCAUCGGUUUCCUCGCGUCGUACUGGGCUGUCCGCAGAUUGUACAGCUCAAUUCGUAUCGAUUGA